AUGCUAGCGGUGCCUCCAAAAUGUUGCGCCCUCUGCUCCGUGGUUUUGGGAGAGGCCAUUUCCUUCCUCACUCCACUGGCUGUGAUUUUCGUGGUGAAGAUAAUUCAGAGGACAGACAGGACGGAGAUCAAAGAGGCAUGUUUAGCGGUGUCCUUGGCCCUCGCCCUCAAUGGAGUCUUCACAAACACAAUCAAACUUAUUGUUGGCAGACCCCGGCCAGAUUAUUUCCAGCGCUGUUUCCCCGAUGGACAAGUGAAUGUGAAAAUGCUUUGCACUGGAGAAGCUGAAGUCGUGUCGGAGGGACGCAAGAGCUUUCCCAGCAGCCACUCCUCCUUCGCCUUUUCCGGCCUUGGCUUCACCUCGUUCUACCUGGCGGGGAAACUGCAGUGCUUCACGGAGCAGGGUAGGGGGCGCAGUUGGAGGCUCUGUGCUAUGGUUCUACCUCUGUACAGCGCCAUGAUGAUCGCUCUGUCCCGCACCUGCGACUACAAGCACCACUGGCAAGAUGCCGUUGUCGGAGGAGUGAUUGGUCUCCUCUUCGCCUACAUCUGCUAUCGCCAGCAUUACCCACCUUUCCUGCACAUGGACUGCCACCUGCCUUACGCCAGCCUGGCCUCUGCCGCCGCUGCUUCUGCCCGCGCCCUCUCACACACACGGGACGACCCCCAGCCCACCGACAACGCCACCACUCUACCCAUGGAGGCUCUCACUGAAGGGGCCUUAUGA